UAUUAUUGUUACUACUAUUUUUAAUAUUGUAACUAUUACAAUUGUUAUUGUAUAUUAUGGCAGUAAGCGGCUGAGGGGAAAAAGGAAAGGGCCUGAGGCUGUGAGGAAUUGUGGGAGUUGUAGUCAGGCCUAGACCGGAACUGGCUUCUCUCGGAACGUCCGUUUCCGGAAGGGAGGCUUUAGAGCGAAGGACCAAGAUGGCGGCGCCCAGCCCAGCAGCCGUUUCUUCUGCUCUUCCCUCAGAGGCCGAGGAGAGCAAAGGCAAACCCGCUUCGGUGACGCCGCAGAAGAUCCGGGAGCUGAUCGACGGAGGCAUCGCGCCCGAGGAGACCUCCUUGGAAGGGAAGGAUUUGUCUGCCUUAUAUGAAGCGGCAAAUGGAUCUCCCAAAACCGAAGAGCUGCCUUUUGAAGCCACCAGCAAAGAAGCCUACUUCAACAGAGUAGAAACAUUCACCUCCCUCAAGUGGGCAGGCAAACCCCACGAGCUCUCUCCCCUGAUCUGUGCCAAGUAUGGGUGGACCAACACCGAGUGCGACAUGCUCAAGUGCGCCAGCUGCCAGGCCUACCUCUGCGCCAGUUUGCAACUAGCCUUCGACUUCAGCAAAUACAAAGAGCGGUGUUUGGAGUUGAAGAAAGCGUUAUCAACGGCACACGAGAAGUUCUGCUUUUGGCCAGACAAUCCCUGCCCAGAUCGCUUUUCGGUCUUGCUGGUGGACGAGCCCCUUGCCCUCCUCAGCGACUUCCUGGAGCGUUUCCACAGCCUGUGCCGCCUGGAGCUUCAGCUGCCCUCCCUCAAGCCGGAAGAUCUCAAAAGCAUGUCUUUGACAGAAGAGAAGAUCAGCCAGUUGCUGCAGCUGAUUGAGGAGGAAGCGGACUGCAAGGCAGAAGGGGAGAAAACACCAUCACGGAAGCCUUUGGACCUCCUCCAGAUCCACAUCACGGCCUGUGUCUUGGCCCUGUGCGGCUGGACUAGCAGCCCGUCUUCGGGGUCCAUCCAGCUCCCCCUGAUCUCCUGCUGCCGCUGCCUGAGGAAGGCAGGCCUGUGGGGCUUCCACCAAAUCGAGUCCGCCCCGCCAGAGACGGAGGUCUCCCCAGGCCUUGCCACUCCAGACGGGCGCCCCUCCUCUUCCUCCGACAAGGCCGGCCCCACCGUGCCCACCUCCCCCCGGCGCAUGAUGACCCGAAGCCGGGACACGACUCUUCCGCCGGGAUCGGAGCAGCAGGAGAAGAGCCCGUCCCCCGUGAUCAGCCGCAUGCGCAGCUGGGACAGCACGAGCUCCGGUGAACGCGGGGAGCCGGAGUCGGCCAGCCCCGUCCCCAGCCCUCGCAGCCGCCCCGUCACCCGCAGCAUGGGCCAAGGAGACAUCAGCGGCCUCGGGGCGGAGGUCCCCUCCAGCCCCCUCCGGAAGGCCAAGCGGGCCCGGCUCUGCUCCUCCAGCAGCACGGAUUCAUGUGCCCGGAGCGUCUUUGAUCCUGCCUCCCAGCACCGCGACUGGUGCCCUUGGGUCAAUGCGGUGAAAGAGAGGCCAGCCCUCGAAGCGGAGGCUGGGAACCAGGUUGAAGAAGGGAAGGCUGCCCUUGGAUGGCAGGCGGUGCUCAAGGCUCUCCUGGCCACCAAGCAGUCGGAGGGUCCGGCGGAUGCGGAGUCCGAGCCACUUUUCCACAAAAGUCAACAUCGACACUGAAAUACAACACCGCCUGAGCUCUGCAAGUGCAGCAUUUUUCAGAAUGAAGCAGAGAGUGUUUGAUGACCGGGACAUCCGUAGAGAGACCAAGGUGCUUGUUUACAAAGCCACUGUCCUCCCAACCCUGCUCUACGCCUGCGAAACGUGGACUGUCUACAGAUGUCACACUCAACUCCUGGAGUGUUUCCAUCAGCAUUGCCUCAGAAAAAUCCUGCAAAUCUCUUGGGAAGACAGGCGGACAAUUGUCAGCGUGCUUGAGGAAGCAAAGACCACCAGCACUGAAGCGAUGCUCCUAUGCCAUCAACUCCACUGGACUGAAGGCCACGUUGUCUGAAUGCCCAAAGAUCACCGUCUCCCAAAGCAGUUGCUCUACUCCAAACUCAAGAAUGGGAAACGUAAUGUUGGUGAGCAGGAAAAGAGAUUUAAAGAUGGGCUUAAAGCCAACCUUAAAAACUGUGGCAUAGACACUGAGAACUGGGAAGCCCUGGCCCUUGAGCGCUCUAAUUUGAGGUCAGCUGUGACCAGCAGUGCUGUGGAGUUCGAAGAGGCACGAAUGGAAGGCUUAAGGGAGAAACGUGCCAAGAGGAAGGCCCAUCAAGCCAACCCUGACCGGGACCGCCUUGUGUCUGGAAACCAAUGUCCUCACUGCGGAAGGGAGAACAUGCAGAUCAAGAACAGGUCUCUUCAGCCAUCUACAGAUCCAUCCCCAAGAUGGAAGACAAUCAUCCUCGAACUACGAGGAAUCGCCUAAGUAAGUAAGGUUAUGAAAAAAAAUGGUAACAGGAAAAGUUUUCUGAACGCCAUUCAUUGACACAAAUCUGUCAACAUGCAGUGGACCCUGCAGAAAAUGCUUUACAAAGUCUUGCGCUAAGGCAGCGCUUUCCAAAUGGUGUGUUGUGACACACUAAUAUGUCGCCUAACAUCUGCAACCCAAUCUUCUUCAGUCAGGCAGGAAAACACAAUCCAAGGCCCUCCCAAUAGAGAGCCAUCCAGCUUCAGUUCAAAAAUCUCCAGAGAAGGAGAUGCCUAUGGACUCCCAGGCAGUCUAUGCUUCACUACAGCUGGGAGAGACCCCUAAAGGGCAUCUAGUCCAGCCUCCUUCAGCCAGACAGGAAGACACAGUCAAAGCACCCUUGGAUAGCUAUCCAGCCUCUGUUUAAAAACCUCCAGAGAGAGAUUCAGUCACUAUCAAAGUGGGGUGCUGGAGCUGUUUGAGUAUAGGUACUGUUACAGUAGAGUCUCACUUAUCCAACGUAAACGGGCCGGCAGAACGUUGGAUAAGCGAAUAUGUUGGAUAAUAAGGAGAGAUUAAGGAGAAGCCUAUAAAACAUCAAAUUAGGUUAUGAUUUUACAAAUUAAGCACCAAAACAUCAUGUUAUACAACAAAUUUGACAGAAAAAGUAGUUCAAUAUGCAGUAAUGCUAUGUAGUAAUUAUUGUAUUUAUGAAUGUCAUGAUGUAUUGAAAACAUUGACUACAAAAAUGCGUUGGAUAAUCCAGAAUGUUGGAUAAGCGAGUGUUGGAUAAGUGAGACUCUACUAUAUAAAGAUUAUAAUGUGCACAAUUUGUGGGUUGAGGUGCCAUGAUUACCACUAAAAUCGAUAAGUUUCUAAUUAAGAAAAACUUGACAAUGAUGUACGUGAUGGACCCCAUGGAGAAGCUGCAGAGGAAACUACACAAGAAUCAACUGCAGGACAUCAGGAGCAUAAAGGGGGGGAAAUCCAAAUGUCAUUUAUAACAGUAAGAAUUAUGUGAAAAUUAUGAUAUAUUAUACAGUAGAAUCUCACUUAUCCAACAUAAACAGGCGGGCAGAAUGUUGGAUAAGCAAAAAUGUUAAGGAGGGAUUAAGGAAAAGCCUAUUAAAUGUCAAAUUAUGGUAUGAUUUUACAAAUUAAGCACGAAAGCAUCAUGUUUUACAACAAAUUGAUAGAAAAGGCAGCUCAAUAUACAGUAACGUUAUGUGGUAAUUACUGUAUGUAUGAAUUUAUGAAUUACUGUAUUUAUAAAUUUAGCACCAAAACAUUGCCAUGUAUUGAAAACAUUGACUACAAAAACACUGGCUACUAAUAAAUUGACUACAAAUACAGAUAGAAAUGCAUAAAAUGAACUUACAGCAACAACAUUGUCGGAAAUUAAAUCCAUAAAAAGUUCAGUCCUUGCUGCCUAGAGAAACAGUUGUCGGAGGCAGACUGUGUUGGAUAAUCCAGAAUGCUAGAAAAAUGAAGGUUGGAUAAGCGAGACUCUACUAUAUAUACAGUAGAGUCUCACUUAUCCAACAUAAAUGGGCCGGCAGAACGUUGGAUAAGCAAAUAUGUUGAAUAAUAAGGAGGGAUUAAGGAAAAGCCUAUUACACAUCAAAUUAGGUUAUGAUUUUACAAAUUAAGCACCAAAACAUCAUGUUUAACAACAAAUUUGACAGAAAAAGCAGUUCAAUACGCAGUAAUGCUAUGGAGUAAUUACUGUAUUUACGAAUUUAGCACCAAAAUAUCACAAUGUUUUGAAAAUAUUUAUUUAUUUAUUUAUUUACAGCAUUUAUAUUCCGCCCUUCUCACCCCGAAGGGGACUCAGGGCGGAUCACAUUACACAUAUAGGCAAACAUUCAAUGCCUUUUAACAUAGAACAAAGACAAACAAACAUAGGCUCCAAGUGGGCCUCGAACUCAUGACCUCCUGGUCAGAGUGAUUCAUUGCAGUUAAUUGCAGCUGGCUUGCUCUCCCGCCUGCGCCACAGCCCGGGCCCCAAAAAUGGACUACAAAAAUGCGUUGGAUAAUCCAGAAUGUUGGAUAAGUGAGACACACACAUAUAUAUAUAUACACACACACACACAGUAUCAGUAAAUAAUUGGUAAACAAUUGGUGCACCCCGGUGGCGCAGCAGGUUAAACUGGUGAGCUGCUGAACUUGCUGACCGAAAGGUCGAUGGUUCGAAUCCAGAGAGGAACCUGGCAGUUCAAAAACAUGCAAAUGUGAGUAGAUCAAUAGGUACUGCUCUGGCAGGAAGGGAACAACACUCCAUGCAGCUACAUAACCUUAGAGGUGUCUGUUGUAGUUUGUAAAGACACCAUUAUGUAUGGGUUAACUGGAAAGGUAUGUGUAAGAUGCUGAUUUGUUGAACCUGCGAAGAGUUCUGGAUAAUCUAGAACAGGGGUCCUCAAACUUUUUAAGCCGAGGGCCGGUCCACAAUCCUUCAGACUGUUGAGGGGCCGGAUUAUCAUUUGAAAAAAAAAUACAAACAAAUUCCGAUGCACACUGCAUAUGUCUUAUUUUUAGUGCAAAAACAACAAGAACAAGAACAAUGAAAGAACAAUACAAUAUUUAAAAAUAAAAACAAUGUUAACCAACAUACAUUUAUCAGGAUUUCAAUGGGAAGUGUGGUCCUGCUUCUGGCCAAUGAGAUAGUCAAGUUAAUUAGGGUUGUUGUUGUUGUUGUUGUUGUUGUUGUGUGCCUUCAAGUCAUUUCAGACUUUGGGCGAGCCUAAGUCUAAAAUGUAUUUAUUUAUUUAUUUAUUAUUUACUGCACUUAUUUACUACAUUUGUAUCACACCCUUCUCACCCCAAAGGGGACUCAGAGUGGCUUACAAAUUAUAUGUACAUACAAUAUAUUCUAUUAUUAGCAUAGCACAAUAUUAGCAUUAUAUAUUACUAUAUUGAAGUAUACCACUAUGCUGUAACAUUAUUAGUAAUAUUAUAUGUAAUAUAGAAUAUAUAAUUAAUAUUAUUAUAUGGUAUUAUUAUUAGUUUUAUAUUGUAUUACAUUAUAAUAUUAUUAUCAAUAUUAUAUGUAUAUACAAUAUAUUAUAUUAUAAAACUGAGGGCAGGGGCCAGGUAAAUGACCUCGGAGGGCCGCAUCCAGCCCCCGGGCCUUAGUUUGGGGACCCCUGAUCUAGAACGUUGGAUAAGCGAGUGUUGGAUAAGUGAGACUCUACUGUAUAUAUUGUAUGAAACUCUCAUAAGGGUUUGGUGUUGCGAAUGGGUGCAUGCCUAAAAAGCGCGUCCCCAACAUGAAAAGUUUGGGAAGCUCUGCUUGAAGGUGUGCCUCUCCUCCUCCUCUCUUGUUGCAGAAUCUCUCAGCGAAAUC